AUGCCUUCUCUCAAAAAAUUCGUUGCUAAAUUUACCAAGAAAUCUAACGUUGCUACCAGAUCGAUCCCUCUUCAAGAGCAGAUUUAUAAAGAUACAUGGUCGGAUUUUGAUCAAGGAGAGGAGUGGAAUGUUGAAGAACCGUCUGGUUCAACUAGUAUUAAAGAAGAUUCUGAACCUUCCUCAAUACAAGUUGAACAAAAAGAUUUUUCAGUGGAUCUGGUGGAUGGUAAGGUUCGAAUAGAAGAUUUCCCUCUCAUCAACAUCUGUUUGAUAGAGGAUAUCUUCUAUUCAUCAGACAAUCGAAGGCUUUAUUGUUUCAAGGAGGCGAUAAAGCAAGGGUUGGAUAUUGACAGGAUACCUGUUCGAAUAAGACAGAAUGUAGUAGUGAGCCCUUCGUCGAGAAAUGAGAGGGUAAUUGAUGGCGAGGGCUACUGGGA